CGUAAGUUCGAAGCAGCUUGUUUGGGAGAAGUUAGUAGAAAUGGCGGCGAGAGAAAAGUCGUUGAAACACAGACAGAAACACAUAAAUGCCACGUUUGAAGCGUCCAGUAUAGAUUCCACUGCCGUCGGAGAAAAGUUGUUUGGCCACGCAGAAGAGGACGAGGACAGCGACGACGGACCUGUUGUCUUCAUCUGCGGGAAGUGCAAGUUGCCUGUUGGGGAUUCACUGUCCUGGGAUGGAAGUGAAGACGGCCAAAACCAAAUAAGAUUGAAGCGGGUCACUGACAACGUCUUGGUUGGAAAGGACAAUCGUCUGUAUGAAAUGGGCAAAAGAUCUCUCUGUCUGAUUGUGGAUCUAAUUUGCCGAGGCUGCCACUCUGUGCUUGGCAUGGUUUACACAUCCACGCCUAAGAACCUGGACCACAAGAGAUUUACGUUCUGUUUCAAUGUAGCAGACAUCGACAGCUAUGUGCUUGGUUCUGCAAGCCAGAUGUUAGCAGCAGAGGGCCCCAAAGAGCAGCCGGUCACCCUCGAGUACAGAGGCAUUGUUGAACAACAGCUGACAGAGAUGAAAAUGCUGGUGAUGUCCAUGGCACAUAGGCUGGAAGAGAUCGAAGCUGGCCUUCAGGAGGGAUGUGAGGCAUGACAGUGAUGGACGCCAACUUGUCUGGGUGGGUGCUUUGUACAGGUGUUUAACAUGAGGAGGAUUUAGUGUCCUCAUUCCUCGCAGUUACCUUUUUACAUUAACACUUCCUACUCUAAGUUUCAUCUCAUCCAUAUUCCCUUAGUUACACGCUUUGUGCUAGCCUCACCUUCUGCACAAGCAACCACACACACACACACAGCUUCUACGCUUUGUCCUGAUUACCGUUGGUGAAACAAAGACUGGCUGCGCAUGUAAUCAAUCAUGUUGUCAGCUCGGCUCCUGUGGCUCACGGCACCAUCUUCUCUGUAUGUGUCAGGGCAGAGUGAACGGACGCCAUGAGCCGAACGUUUAUUUGUGCAGGACUUCAUCAGGCAGGCUGCUCACUCAGCACAAUGCCAUAUUGAUCUGGCCACCCAAGGCCACACACACACACACUUUCUUUGUUCUCUUCCUCAAGCAUGGAGCCUUGAAGCAUUGAUAGAUAUGUGCUUUUCAUUGCCAUGUUGUGGCCAGAAUUGAAUAACAUUUGAGGAAUUUGUAUUAAAACAAGGUUUUUACAUUCUUCCCAAACUCUUUUCUAAUAUUGUCUGUCAUCACAUUAUUGGAUGAUUUUUAACUUGGGAAUCAUCCAAAGACUUCUGUGUUUUCUCAAAUAUUGCCAGAAUUGCUAGGACUGAUUUGCAUCCAUUAAGUUGUUAUCACAUUGGCUAAUUAUUGGUUUGUUUAUAUUUGUUUUGUUUGCUCACAGUUGUACAAGCUUGUUAUGUCUUAUUGUCUUGGUGUAAUAAAGUAUUCUGUUGUUUUCAAUA